GCCCGGCCAGACGUGCGGCGACCGUCGAAGGCGACAGUUGUGGUUGUUGUGUGUGUUCUCGUGUCAGCUGAUGGCACAUGUUGCUGCCUCUGACGUUGGCCGCCUUUCAGCAUUUUAUAUAAGCAUAUAGAAAAAAAAAACAAUACAAAAAUCGAAUACAAAUAUUCGCGUCAAUUUUCAUCAAGUGUUAAUCAGCAUAAAUAAUUGUGAGUGUAAAUCAUUAAAUAGGAAAGAAAUAAGAAAAGGAUCGUUCAUUGGCAACACUGCAAGAUGAACUCCAAAUAUGAGAACAUGAAAAUCAUCUACAAUCGCAGUAAAAUUGGCUGGUACUGGGCACCGCUCUUUGUGGCCUUCUGGUUCCUGCUGUAUUAUUUGGUGGUGGUGCCCAGUUUCCACAGUAUGCCGCCGCUGAAGACGGUGCAGGACGAGCUGCAAGAGCCGGGUCAGUUUAUUGGCGAGCGUGCGGAGGGCACUCUGCUCCGGCUAUCGAAGAUUGGACCCAAGGUUGUUGGCAGUGCGGCCAAUGAGCAGGUCGCCGUCCAGUUCCUGCUCAGCGAGAUCAACGACAUAAUUGAAGGCGCCCGCAACGAUUUAUAUGACAUUGAGAAGGACGUGCAAAUAGCAUCCGGCAACUACUUGCUCUGGUCCAUGGUGAACGUGUAUCAGAGCGUGCAGAAUGUGGUUGUUAAGCUGUCGCCCAAGAAUCCAACCACUGAGGCGGCCCUGCUGAUCAACAGCCACUUCGACUCGGUGCCAAGCAGUUCUGGUGCGGGUGACGCUGGCAUGAUGUGCGUCAUCAUGCUGGAGGUGCUGCGCGUUAUAACCAAGUACGAAACGCCACUCACCAACACGCUCAUCUUUCUGUUCAAUGGCGCCGAGGAGAAUCCGCUCCAGGGCUCACACGCAUUCAUUACGCAGCAUCCCUGGGCACAAAAUGUGCGCGCUGUGGUCAACCUGGAUUCAGCUGGCAGUGGCGGCCGUGAGAUACUCUUCCAGUCUGGACCCGAUCAUCCCUGGCUAAUGAAGUAUUAUGGCAAAAACAUUGCACAUCCAUUCGCCUCGACCAUAGGCGAGGAGCUGUUUCAGAACGGCUUCAUACCCUCAGAGACGGACUAUCGCAUAUUCCGUGACUAUGGAAAGAUUCCAGGUCUCGACAUGGCACAAAUAUUGAAUGGCUAUGUUUAUCAUACGAAGUACGAUCGCUUUAAUUUAAUACCCCGACGCACCUAUCAGCUGACCGGAGAUAAUUUAUUGGGCCUGAUCAAAGCCCUGGCCAGUGCACCCGAAUUGGAAGAUCCAGCGAAAUAUGCUGAGGGUCACAUGAUAUUCUUCGAUGUGUUGGGCUGGUUCUUUAUCUACUAUCCGGACUACGUUGGCGUCAUUAUCAACAUUUGCGUCUGUGUCCUGGUGCUCGUUACGAUUGUCGUCUAUAUCUGGAGUAUGGCCAGCAAUACGGGCAUGUUCAGACGGCGCAUCUUUGCCAAGUUUGGCAUCCUGGCGGCGCUACAGCUGUGUGGUGUUCUCUUGAGCGUGGGCCUGGUUAUUUGUAUAGCCCUCUUUCUGGAUGCCGUGGGUCUUUCUAUGGCCUGGUUCUCGCAGACGUGGAUGAUCUUCGGCUUGUACUUUUGCCCCAUGUUCUUUGGUCUUGGCAUACUACCUGCCAUUUACUUUAGUCGCACCAAGGAGCACGGUCUUCCACUUGGAUAUGGCAUUCAGCUGCUGAUGCACUCGCAUUGCCUAAUCUUGACACUCAUCACAAUCAUAAUGAUAUCCUUUAAUAUACGAUCCGCCUUCAUUCUGCUCAUUUGCAUCGGCUUCUACACGCUCUCAGUUCUGCUCAAUAUGGCCACGUGUGCACAUAAAACAAAUUUCCUGUGGCUAAUUCCUCACUGUCUCUGUCAGCUGCUGCCCUUCAUGUUUUACACCUAUUGCUGCUAUGCCUUUUACGUUGUGUUUGUGCCGAUGCAGGGACGCGAGAGCGGCUCGAAUCCGGAAAUACUCAUCGGGGGCUAUACGGCGCUGUUCUGCUUGCUGCUGUCUCCCUUUAUAAUACCCCUACUAUGCCUGUUCCGUAAAUCAAAGACUAUCAUCUCACUCUUUGGCUUCUGUACGCUGCUCUUCAUUAUUCUGGCUGCCACGCCUGCAGCUUUCCCAUAUGUGGAGAAGACAGCCGCUCAGCGAUUCUUCGCUGUGCAUACGACCCGCACCUUCCACAAUGGAGACGCCGCGCUUUCUGUUAACCACACCGAUUCUGGUUACUAUGUGAUGCCCGUGGAUCGGCAUCCCAAAUCGGUGGACAGCCUCCUCUUCGAUGGAACCAACUUGACAAAGGCAGAUCGUAGCACAUGCGACACGGAAAUUAUGUGUGGCUUUCCCAUUUACAGCUCACGUUGGGUGAAGGCAGUAGAUAAUAGCUAUUGGGUGCCAGGUCCCGAGCCAAACAAAGACUAUCUGCCCACAUUGCGCAUAAUAAACAAAGAGAGCACCUCGAGAACGAACAUAAUAUUCACUCUAGAGGUUGCUGGGCCGGAUCACUUGAGCAUAUUCAUCGACCCCAUGGAUGAUGCGAAGCUAGUGGACUGGACCUUCACCAAGGAGCCGUUGGAGAAGUCCCUGCAGCCGCCCCACUACGUCUAUUGGUCUUAUGCAUUGGAUCCGACACCCCUGCGCUUCAAUUUGGAAUUUGAGCACGAUAGUGUGGAUUGGUCUGGCGCUACGUUCAGAAUCGCCAUCAUGGGUCAUAGAAUACACGACGAUAUGUUUAUAGACAAGGACUUUCGAGAGUUUUUGGCCAGGUUUCCGCCCUGGGCGCAUGUCAACUCAUGGAUCGGCUCCUACAACAGCUGGCAACUCUAAGAGCAGCAGAAAUAUCUGAUAUUCACUCACUACUUAUAGUUCGGAAAUUCUGAACUGUUGUUAAGUUUUCGCAUUCAUCCAUACUCUAGGCACAAGCGAACGUCCAACGAGCAAAAAGUUGUAUUUAAAUUAUAAAUUUAGAACCUAAUUAAAGUUAUCUCCCGUUUUUGUGCUCUAUCUA